GCAAGCCGUCCUAUCUCCAAAGCACUCCUGACUCUAGAGGUCCAGGUCAGGACAAGUCCUCAGGUGAGUCAGCGCACGCAGCAUCUUCAUCGUCAUCACUCUGAUGCGGUCCACACCGGUCCGGCGGUACCGGCACCACCAGAGCCAGCCGUGAGCGUGAGAGCCAGCGAGAGCUGGUCCUUCGGAUGCAGGGGAGAGGGGCUGAAAACGGAGGGGAAAACACCCGUCUCUGUGCGGAGGCAGGAUGCUGGCCAAAAUCCUGGAGGAAAUGUGGGUGGAGCCGGAGAUCCUGGAGGCGCUGAGCGAGGAGCAGAAGAGAAUCCUCUUCUUCAAGAUGAGAGAGGAGCAGGUGCGGCGAUGGAGAGAGCGGGAGGAGAAGGAGGAGGAGAGAGCAGCCCGCCUCAGCGCCAGGCCUGAGAAAGUCCCCAGGAAGCGCGUGCGCUGGCUGCAGGGCCGUGACGGUGACGUCAGCGUCAGCGUGAUCGGAGAGGAGAACGACUUCGGCUCGUCCAGGCUGCUCAGAAAUCUGCUCCAUGAUGGACUGCAGAGUGCUAGUAUGAAAGGCAUCCAGACAGUGGCCUCGCUGCCAGAGGGAGAGGCCCACCACCAUCGCCACCGCCGCUGCAGACCAGACCUGCAGCCGCCCCCCACCGCUAGCAACCCGACCACACCCCGCCAGCCCUCAUCUGAAGAGGAGAUGAGCUGCGACGCCGCAGAAGGUGACCCGAAGGACCCCACGGAGGGAGGCGAUGGUGAGUCAGGCAGCAGCGCGGACAACCUCAAGGCCUGGAUCCCCGUCUACAGGCCCCAUCUCAGUAACCAUGACAACCGGCCAUCGCUGGAACCCCAGCUGUCAGACACAGAAGCACCACACCCGCGAGAUGGAGUGGCUUUGCUGUGCCAGGAGGAGAGGCCUGCACAGCCCAGGGAGACUAUCAACAACCCGGGGUAUACCAGUCUGCUCCAAGCCCCCACUUCCCAUUAAAUCCCCUUACUUGCAGAUGAGGAACCCUGCCUCAACCUUCUAGGACCUGGGGGGGGGGGGUCUGCGCCUGAUGUGCCACAACCAUGGCCGUGCACAGAAAAUGGCUGCUCAGCUCUGCACGAACCCUGUCGGAGCGGACCGGCUGGGGCACGUUCAAGGAUCCACGUGGCACGUGCAGAGGAAAAAUUGGAUUCUGACUUGAAUGUGAGAUAGACUUAGUUUGGCUUCAUUUCAAUCCCUGACCUUCAGAGAGAUGGAAAGAGAAAGACACAAACGGACCUUUCAGAGGGCGGAACGGAAAAAAAAGUACUUGAAGGAUUCUGAGCUGAAGUGUGCCCGAAUGUAAGAAAUUAGCAGUUCUCACGCUGCUGAAUUGAAGUGCUGCACACUGGUGCUGUUGCUUGAAACGGACUAAUAGAUGUAGACCAGACAAUCACAUCCUACGUAGCUGGUGAGAAAUGACCUGUCUGUGGUAUAUGUGUGUUGGUGUGUGUGUGUGUGUGUGUGUGUAGAUAUCGCCACUAGUACAUGGGAAACUGUUAUCAUUACUGAGAUAUUUGGAGAGCUGACUGUUGAAUUACUGCUUAAAAACAAAGCUAAUGGAAGUCAACGGGGGUUGAGAAACAUUUAUUUUGAAGAU